CACUCUACCGACCAUUUUUCCCUUGGCCAGAGAAUCUCCACCCUUUCUCUGUGCGUUUCUCGAAUGAGUUUGCUGAGCAUCUCCUCAGCCUUUCCAGUUUUUCUCCUCUCUUUUCUUUCGGUUUCUGCUCCUCUUCCCGGUGGACUCCUCUUAAGUAGCCCAACCCACGGCGGACUCCUCUUAAGCAGCCCAACCCAUGGUGGACUCCUCUUCUGGAGUUGAUGAGAAAUGCUUCAAGUGCUCGAGUGAUUGUGAACAAUCGACGGAAGCUCCACAUUUGGUACCAAUUUCGCCGAUACUACCAAGGUAAGGCCAUUUAUCGCCUUCACCGGAGAGGAAACAAACGAGGAAUUUACAAAAGUCCAUCUGUGUUUGGAGCUCUGCCGGCGGUGUCCUUCAUCUCCUCGUCGGACUCGAACUCGGUGAGGAUGCCUAGGAAAAAUCCAGAUGAGAGGUCAUUGUAUUGGAGUCCCGCUGCAGAGGCGUUUCUACUUGAGCGACUAUACGAAUACAAUGACACAAACCACGGGAAGCUACUAGAUUCUCGUGACUACAACCAAUGGGCUGUUCAGAUGGCCACUUUUUUCGAUGGAUAUGUACCCGACGGUGAGUGGCUGAGGGAGAAAAGCUGCCGACUUGGCAACCUUUACACAACGUAUAAAAUGCUGCAAAACCAUACAGGAGUAGGGUGGGAUCCUAUCAGUAAAACUUUCACAUGCUCGGAGGAACUGCAGACAUCUCUUUGCAAGAGACAUCGUGAAGCGAAAACAUUGUUCACUCAUGGUUAGAAGCUAAAUGAGACGUACUUGGUGGCCGUUUUCCCUUCAAGAGUUAUGGCGUCUAGUUCAGGUGCAUAUCAACCUGCCGCGCAAGUAGAGCCAAUGGAUGAUGUUGCUGCUGGGGAUGAACAACCACAACCUUACCAGAAUGCUCCUUACCAAAACAAUGAUGAUGACGAGAUUCGUACUGAGCUUCGCAACCGCGUGGAAAGUUUUGGAAGGUGAAAUGUGACCAAUGUUGCCUCAUCUUCAUGAGUGAUUAGAAAGAAUUAGAAAAGGUCACGCAAAUCCAAUGACAGUUCAUGAGAGAAGUUGCUUGAUAUGGUUAGGGACAUGCGCGACGAUUUGCGAGAGGACAUUCGUUCAAGCAAAGAGAGCCUACCGAGUAACAACACUGUCAAUGGACCAAGUGAAGCGGAUAUCAUCCUAGCAUUGCUCUCGGAAAUGGGAAUUGACCCGCGUACGCAAGCCUAUGCCUUCGAAAAAAUAAUGGCAUCUGCCACGUGGUGGCCAGUUUGGCAUAAACUGGGUGAUCCCAUUAGGAGGGCCUUCUUAAACGACUUCGUUGACGUGCCAAAAACUCUCUUUGUUUAUCAGGUUCCUAAUCCAUAUAGCCAGCUGCCUUAGAACUUCUCUCCCGGGCCAAAUCCAUACAACCAGCCUCAACAUUCCUUCCACCAGCCAUUGAACCCCUAUAGCCAGCCCCCUAAUCCAUUCCACCAGCCUUCAAACCCUUAUACCAAUCCACCUAGCACUUAAAUGUUUGGUGCCCUGUUUCUAUUUAAGAGUUAAGUUAUAUUAAAUGGUCGAUUUUCCCUUAAUAUUGGAUCACAGAUUAGUGUUUAGUACCAUAUUGUCGAGUGUAAGCCUUAUUUCACUCUUUGUUGGUGUAUCGGUUUACUUUCAUUCUUUGUUGUAUGAGACUAUGUUGUGUACUAUUGUAUGAGACUGUCUUGUGUACUAUUGUUUGAGACUGUGUUGCUGAGUACACCCAGCAAAGUCAGCCGGUUU